CACUUUCUUACCGGCAACGGGCAGAAGCAAUCACAAUGUGAACCUUAACGACACAGAGAAAUCACUUUCUCCUUACUGCAUAAUAUCAUUCAAUGAGCAAAGCGUGACACUCUGUGAAGACAAGCCCUGAAACAAUCGGCCUCGGACACUUCCUCUCACCGGUGGGCCCUUCGAUGCCCGGAAAUCGCUUAGCCGGGAGCCGUGAAGACAGAACAAUCCUUCACAAGGAGAGGAUCGACCACGAUGGAUGCAUCACUCUAUCUCUCGCGGAAUAUGCCACUCACCGUGUCCCGAGCUGCAUCCUGGCAGACUCGAAAUCUCCUUACGCCAUUCCCUUCUCUGUCCAGCGAGCCAUUCCCCUACCUCCAGCGAGCCAACCGAACUUUUGGAAUCCCGGCGAGCAACUGGGUUUUCCGUUGCCCAUAAUGUAUGGGCGCUCAUUCCCGCUCUGGUAUACCAGUAGUCCGCAUACCACCCCAUUCCCAGCGACCCGAACCCGAUCCAAAUUGCCUGACAAUGCAAGCCGCACUCUCAUCCCCGACUCCGCCCUGCAUUUCUGUGCCGAUCAGCGUAGGCUGUGCGAGCGACUUUCCGGACUGGCUAGCUCUCCCUCCAGGACGGUGAGAUCGGUGUAUGUGCGCGUGUAUGUACGCUCCUAGCAAACCUGGGAGGAUUCUAAUCGCGUGUUCAGACGUUGUUGAUCCUGUGCAUGGUACUCCAUGAGAAGUGAUGUUCGACCGGUGGCCCGAGCCUCUCUUCAUUGAUCUUGUUGGCCAAAACGAAGUCGUUCUCUGGUUGCACUCUCGAAAUUUACGGCAGGACAACCAAGUACGGUCUCUCAUUGCGGUACACCCGAUGCAGCAACAGGGCUUCCCAAUCAGGCUUCUGGUCAGGGUGAGAAACGAGCUCUCAUGAUGCGCUCUCGAAGCGGAAGGACCGUAUGAAACGUCAUCCCUUCCUCGGCUCCCUUUCGCCUUCUUCUUCACCGUCUUCCCUCGACAUCAUGGACGAUGCAAGCAAGCCGCACUCGCUGCCCCCACCGGACUCGCUGUCGUUUCCGUCUGAAUCAAAGCAAUCAACGCAUGUGCAUCCACCCAAACAAGACUUUGGUUUCCUCCCAAUUCCGACACGCCUCCAGUACGCUCCAGGCAAGACAUUUGGCUUUGGGCUGGGGAUGAAUCUGGGACUCGGCUUCGUGAGCACAUUCACCGUCGCGAAUGGAUUCUAUUGCCAGCCUCUGUUGAUCAAGAUGGCGGAGUCCUUCGGGGUGUCGUAUUCACGAGUGGCAGAGGUGCCCACGCUGUUGCAAGCUGGGUACGCUGCCGGCGUCGUGCUUAUUGGGCCCUUGGGCGACAUCACGAGACGUCGGCCUCUUAUUCUGCUGCUCGUGGCGACAUCCGUGCUGCUCACCAUCGGGCUCGCUCUAACGCACAACUUCCCCGCUUUCGAAGUUCUUUCGUUCUUUCUCGGCAUGACCUCAGUAACCACCAACAUCCUGCUGCCCCUGACGGCCGACCUCGCGCCUCCCAAUCGCCGCGGCACCGCGCUGUCCAUCGUCAUCUCCGGCCUGCUCCUCGGCGUCCUCAUCGCACGUGUCCUCGCGGGGAUCUUCGGGCAGUACGCCACCUGGCGCGCGACGUACUACUUCGCCGUGGGCGUGCAGGCGUGUGCACUCGGCCUCUGCUGGCUCAUCAUCCCGGACUGCCCGCCUUCGUCAGGGCAGCAGCAGCUGUCGUACUUCAGGAUCUUGUGCUCGAUGGGGAAGCUUGGUGCGACGGAGCCCGCCCUGAUACAAGGAUGCUGCGUCAACUUCGGGACGAGCGUGGCCUUCACGAGCUUCUGGGUGACGCUGACGUUCCUGCUUGGGGGUCCUGCGUUUGGGUACUCGACGCUCGACAUCGGUCUCUUUGGCCUGAUCGGCAUUGUGGCAGUCAUGGCGGCGCCGCUCACCGGACGGCUGAUCGACGCGUUUGUCCCCUGGCACGCUACGCUGAUGUCCGUGGCAUGUUUGUGCCUAUUCUUCGUCAUCCAGACGCUGGCGGAGGGCCGCAGCAUCGCCGCCGUCGUCAUCAUCGCCUUUGGACUGGGGCUGUUCCGCCAGAUCGUUCAAGCUUCGGUGCUGACCCAGAUCCUCAGCAUAGCACCAGAAUCACGCUCUCGCAUGAACGCCCUCAGUACCCUCUCGGUUUGUGUCGGACAAGUCGUCGGCACCGCAGCAGGGACCGCGGUUUAUCUUCGAUACGGCUGGCGAAUGGCAGGGCUGUUGUCCGUCGCACUCUGUCUGUGGCAGAUUCUGAUACUCCUCCUGCGUGGACCGCAUUGUGAGAGGUAUACUUGGUUCGGGUGGCAGGGUGGAUUGGGCAUCUUCAAGCGGCGGGUGGGGUGACUGGGACAUAUGAAGCAUUUGCUACCACACCGGUGGUGAAACGGUAUCAUGCUUGCCUUCCAGUCCUGGUUGUCUGUCUUGUAGCAAGCGGCACGGGUUCGACUCCCGUCCGGUGUACGUCACCCUUUCCUUUGGCCGUCACUUCCUGCUAGGGUUCGAUACACAUGAACUUUUUCUUGUUGUUGUUGGUGAAAUCUUUCAUUAUUGCUCUUGAAACAAGCAACCAGGAAGAUCUGCGCAUUUCCAACCUGUCCCUAAAUCUCAUGUACUACUUCAGCAUCUGAUUGCCAAACCCUCAUCGCUCCCGUUCGAUCGAGGCCGAAGUCUGGAUCAUCAACCUGACUCCUUCAACCGGGACAGAACCACGUCGGUUAGAGUCCGCUGCAUGCUCAUCUCGUCACUCUCACCUGGCACUUCUUGUGCUGACUAUCGGCACGGCGAAUGUCCGUCGUCUGGCAGUCGCCUGAGGGUCAAAAAGUAUUUAGCGCCGCCUAGUGCCGUCGUGAGUCCUGCCAGUUCUGAUCUCAGGUAGCGUGCAGAAAUGCCCAGCAGCACCAUCCGCACGGUCUUCAUCACCGGUGCGAACCAAGGUUUGAGCUACCACACAGUGCACCAGCUCGCACAGACCCCGCACGUGCUCGUAUUCAUGGGCGCGCGGCGGAUGUCCGCCGCCGCCGCGGCUCUCGCGCCGGACAUGCACGCCACGUCCGCCGUCGUGCCCUUCUACAUCGACCUCGGCAUCCCCGCUUCCAUCACCGCCGCGAGCGAAUCCGUCGCGUCGGCGCUCAGCACGCGCGGCCUCCCCGCGCUGGGCAUGCUGAUCAACAAGUGCGCCCCCGGUUUGGGCCUGCAUAGGCGUGCCUCCAGCUGACGCGCACACAGCGCAGCGAUGGGCGAGGGCCGCCCGGCCGACAUCCUCGCGAUCAACGUCGCGGGCACGAUCGCCGUCAAGGACGCGUUCCUCCCGCUGCUCGCGCCCGGCAGCGGCGAGAUCAUCAACGUCUCCGGGUCGAUCGGGUCGCAGAAUCUGUACGCUGGGCGCCCGCCGCUCGUGCGCGGCCCCGGCGCAUCCCGCACGUACUGCGCGAGUAAGGCCGCGCUGAAUAACCUCACGCUGCAGUGGGCGUACGAGGAGGAGGAGAAGGACAGCGGGAUCCGCGUUGUCGCCAUUUGUCCUGGGUACUGUGCGACGACGAUGAGUCUGUUCGUUAGCACCGCGAUGUCGCCGGCAGUGGGAUGCAGGGUGAUCGUGGAAGAGGUUUUAUCAUCGCAGGGCAAGAGCGGCGUGUUCUUCAAUAAGGAUGGGCCGUUGCCCUGGUAAAACUUUAAAGUUGUAUACCCAGAUGUAUAACAAGCGGAAUACAAAGAUUUAUCUCUGA